GCAAGAGUGCCGAUCGCGGGAACCGAUUACUCCUCCAGACCUUAUUCUUACGAUGACGUCGACGGAGACCUUCAGCUCAAACACUUCGCCCUCCAGAAGGAGGACUUGGAGUUGAAGAUCCCAUACAUAAAACGUGCCCAAUCGGUCAGCCCUAACGGGUUUCGCCUGUUUGGGAGCCCGUGGGCGCCCCCGGCGUGGAUGAAAGACAACCACAAAUUCAAUGAAAGCGGUGCCCUUAGGGGGCCGAUAGGGGGCCAGUAUUACGACACUUUUGCCAACUAUUUUGUUAAAUUUCUGGACGCAUACAAGAGUGCGGGCAUUGAGUUCUGGGGACUGACGGUGGAGAACGAGCCCAUACAGGGGAUGAUGAAUAAGAAACACCCAUUCAAUUGCCUGAACAUCAGUCCGUCGGCUGAGGCGGACUUUGUGCGAACCAAUUUGGGUCCGGCGCUCAAACGGGCCGGCUAUGGGUCGGACAAAUUGAACUUGAUGAUUUACGACGACUCGGCCGCCCAGAUAGAGGACUACGCCAACGCUACCGUGGCUUCCGGUGCCGCGCAGUACGUGUCGGGCAUUGCCUAUCACUGGUACGGCAACGAUAAACUCAAACACGGCUUUCCCGACCAAGUGCUGGACGACAUGCACCGACUUUACCCCCAAUGGUUUGUACUCAACACAGAGGCCUGUCAUUUGGACGGACUCGGGAUCGGCAGCUGGGAGUACGGCAUGCGAUACGCCUUUGAUAUCAUUCGGGUGCUUAACCAUUGGGUGAACGGUUGGGUUGAGUGGAAUCUGGCGGUAGACAUGACAGGAGGCCCGCGUUGGCCAGAAAAGCAGGGCUACGGACACGCUAUUAAUGUAGACCCAGUCCGGGGCGAGGCCUAUAAGAACCCCUCGUUUUACUCUUUGGGACACUUCAGUAAGUUUUUGCCGAAAGACUCGCUUCGGAUCAGACAUCGGGUGACAGUCAGUGAUGACGACUCCGGUGUGUCUGUACUGACGGCCAAACGACCCGACAAUCAGAUUGUUUUGGUUGUGUUGAACACCAAUAGUGAGGAACGGGUACUGAAUGUGAACACUUCGGGUCAGUGGUUGUCCCAUACGAUCCCCGCCUAUGGCUUACAGACAUAUAUUUGGUGA